AUGCUCCUCAAGUCGAGCGCGGCAGCACCACAGCUCACGAUGAUCUACUUCCCGGUCCGGGCGCUGGCGGAGCCCGCGAGGAUGAUUCUCGAGUUCGGCGGCGUCGCGUACGAAGACGCAUCUCCCCAGCAGGCCUACGGCGUGCCUUGGAAGGACGCCAAGGACAAGACGCCGUUCGGAGCUGGCCCAGGCUGGCGCGAUCAUCCGCGCGGGGGAGCGUACGUCAUCGGCUGUGCGUCCAACUACGACGGCGCGUCGAUGGCCGAGCGCGCGGCUGCGCUCGGCAACCCCGUCGUCGUCGUCACCCUCGACUAUCGGCUCGGUGCCUUCGGCUUCCUGGGCGGCACAGCAAUGCGGGCCCGCGACCCAGACCGCUCGACGGGCAACUACGGGAUUCAGGACCAGCGCGCGGCGAUCAAGUGGGUGCGUGCCAACGCGGCGGUCUUCGGCGGCGACGUUGGGUCCGUCACGAUCUUCGGGCAGAGCGCGGGCGCGGGCAGCAUCGCCAACCACUACGUGCAGCCGGACAGCCGCGGCCUGUUCGACCGCGCGAUCGCCGAGUCGGGCGCCUUCUCGCGCUGGAACGCGAUGCCGCGCGCCAUCGGGCAGGGGCAGUACGAUUACCUCGCGACCGAGCUCGGCUGCGACCUGAAGAGCGACCCGGUCGCGUGCCUGCUCGCCAAGCCGUGGAAGGACGUGCAGGCCGCGGCGACCCGGGCGGUGCCGCCCUCGUGGUUUGGUCUGCAGUGGGCGCCGGUGGUGGACGGCGUCGCGCUGCCGGUGGCGCCGUACUUUGCCAUCGACGCCAACCGCUCGGCCGAGGCGGUGGCCGCCGACGCCCUCGACGCCCUCGACGACGAGGCGAACGAUGACGAGGAUGAGGACGCGAGCGUCGUGGUGGAGGAGGCGGGUGGGGCUCGUGCCGCGGCCAGGGCGGCGGCCGUGGUGGCUGCGCCGCCGGUGGUGGAGGUGGCCGACGUGCCGCUGCUGCUCGGCAGCUGCCUCUUCCCCAACAAGCCGAAGGCGGACGACUCGGGGCUGCGCGAGUGCUGCGGCGACAACGUGGCGCACACGCUCUCCACGCAGGGCUACGACCGCUGGGUGGACGGCUCGUUCUGGACGCAGUGGAUCCGCUUCGGCGUCUUCGACGCGGUCCACGCCGCGCAGGCGCGCAGGGCGUACCUCGACGUCGCGUCGUCGCAGUCGCCGUGGUGGGCGGCGCGCGCCCUCGCGGCGGGGCUGCAGAUGUUCUCGCGCCGCGGCGGACGCGUACGUCUACCGUACCGGUUCGACUACGCGGCGUACGCCGGCACCAACCCGUACGUGGGCGUCGCGCACUCGGCCGAGCUGCCGUUUGUCUUCGCGGCGGACGAGGCGCGCGCCACGCCGCAGCUCGCCGCGCUCUCCGACGCGAUCGUGCGCUACUGGACAAACUUCGCCGCGAGCGCCGACCCCAACCCGCUGCCGCCCAAUGCCACCAGCCGCGGCGGCGGCAGGAGCCGCGGCACGGUGGAGGCGACGCUGCCGUCGCUGCCGUCGUGGCCGGCGUACGACGCGGCGACGCAGCGGCAGAUCGUCCUCAACGCGACCGACCUGCGCGUCGAGGACGGAUGGAACGCGGCGCACUGCGAGGCGUCGGCAGCGUGA